AUUAAGUAGUUAUAUUACAACUAAAACAUUGCAAUACACAUGAACAUUUUAUAAGUCUAUAAUGGAGAGAAAACAAAAUUCAGAGAUAAAAGUUGAAAAUUUGGAAAAUUCAUCUGAUCAAAUAGACAAAUUCAAAAGCCUGGAUAAAGGAUGGUCUUGGGUAAUAAUGUUAGCUAGUUUCGGCGCAUGUUGUCUAAUUGGUGCAAAUGUGUAUGGUGUAGGAAUAAUACAUGCUACUCUUCUAAAGAGGUAUGGAUCAAGUGUGUCCCUCACAUCAUGGGCAGGAUCGUUACAGACAGCUUCCGUGUCUCUUGGAGCUCCUUUGUCAAGCUAUUUUGCGGACAGUUUCAGUUGUCGGACAGCGGUUAUGUUAUCAGGAACACUUUUGGUGGCGGGAUAUUUGGGAACAGCAUUUGCACCUAACAUUCAAACAGCAAUUUUCACCUUGGGAAUCGUUGCCGGUUGCGGUGCUGGUGUCGGAUAUACAGCAAGCAUGGUUGUUAUUGAAUUCAAUUUCAAACGGAGACGCCACAUUGCUUUAGGUUUUGCUCUUUCUGGAAUGGGUGCCGGUCUCUUUGCGCUCUCACCCCUGAUGCAACUGGCUCGAAAUUACUAUGGAUCUACAGGGUUUUUUAUUAUACAGGCCACAAUGUCUCUGAACAUUGUAACGUUUUGAGCGAUGUAUUUUCCAAGUCAACUGGAACUACAUACACAAGAAAUGCGCAAAUGUAACAAAGAUAAUGCAAGGUCCGACAAAGCAAAAUCAAAUUCCGACGGAGGCUUUACGCAGUAUUGUAAAGCUUUAGUUAACAAACAAAUAGCUCUCUUGAGUGUUGGUAUGUUUUUGAACUGCGUCGGGACAUUUUUAAUCUAUUUGCAUCUGCCGGUAUAUAUUGUGUCGAAAGGUUUCACAGAUUUUCAGGCUGCAUGGAUGGUAUCAGUGACAGGUAUAUUAUCUGUCGUUGGCCGUAUAAUAACCGGAUUCGUUGCAAAUCUGAGUAUGUUCAAAGAUAUUUGGUUAUACGCAGGUACAUUGGGCGUCGUUUCAAUAAGCACAGUUGUGUAUCCGCACAUAUCAUAUACAUUUGCAGGGCACAUCGUCUUUGCGACAGUCUUUGGUUUGUUUUUCGGCAGCUGCUAUGUACUAAUGACGGUAGUAAAUAUACGUAUUGUCGGUAUCAAGUUUGUGUCUGCAGCAGUAGGAAUUGAGUUUUUCUUUGGUGGAAUUGGUGCUGUAUUAGGACCAGUAAUUGCUGGUGUACUGGUGGACAAUGGUGGUACAUACGAACAAUCGUUUACUUUUGCAGGUGUUUGUAUCUUUCUAGCGGCAGCUUUAAGCAUACUUACAGUGUGUCAUGAUGUUCCUGGAAAAGAAUUUGAAAAUCACAAUGUAGACAAAGAGAGUAAACCUGUGACGCUGAUAUCAGUCACUUCAUUGUCUAUGUAAGACAUGAUUGAUAUCAGUCACUUCAUUGUCUAUGUAAAUCAUGAUAACUCGAGGGCUGAGCGCGAAACUAUUUUAUCUUGUUCUUCAUUUAUAUACAGUUACAAUAGUUUCGCGCUCAGCCCACGAACUGUUAUAGCGUGUACUUGUUGCUACUUUCUGGAUGCUGGAUUUUAAAGGCAAUGAUUUUCUUUGAAAUAUGAGUUUUUGCUUCUGAAUUAUCAAAAGAAUGCAAAAUCAAGAAAAAAAGAUGCCCGAGCCGGGAAUGAAACCGGGCGAAAAUAAAAGUUGAUCAAUAAAUAAAGCGUUACAAACGCCUUUCAAUUUUCAAUGUAAAAAUUAGUAAAAACUAAUCAUCAUGUGUUUCGAUAAUAUAUAGUCUGACAGUAAUUUAGUUUCAAAGCUUUCUUAAGAAAUAUAUGAUCUGGAGGACAGUGCCUUUAACAGUAACGUAUAUAAUAGCUUACUACAGUGGUAAGAACUUUAUAAAUUCUCUUUCGUUCUAAUCUCUUUCGUACUUGUAAUAUGUUUUCCUUCUUGUAAAAUGUAAUUGUAAUAUUAUUUCCGAAAUAAAUGUUUAAACUACCA